GUGCUCAAAGCAGGGGACGUGCCCUUCUUUCUUCCCUACCUCCCUCUGGACUCACUCGAGAGUGCGCAACAAACACGCCGCCACCAUGCAUAGGCUGCGGGACCUAGAAGGAAUUUGAGGAUAAUGAGAACUUUGAUAGCAUUCGUUAUCUAGAUGCGAUGAGCUAAGAGGCAGAUCCCGGUUCUUCUCAGUUCACACAGUGGUACAUAUGUUCGCUAUUCAGCAUACUGCGUCUACAUCAAAACACUCAAAUGCUUUUACCUCUGAAGAGCACUUACACUCACUGCCUACCUACCUAUGUGCGAACCUAUUCCUUACCCGAUCAAUAUUGUUGACCGCACGUCACCAUCACAAUCACCAGACCAGCAACCCCAUAACAUCCUGCACCCUCGUUCCCGAGCCCAUCACACCCAUUCACUGUUCCCUUCAGAGCCCGUGUCACUUGAAAGAAGAACAUUUUCCAGACUCGACUCAAUCCUACUCAAUUCUCAUAUCAAGCACGUCAACUCGCGCAUUUAUCAAAAAGACAGCCUCUACUACCAUCACAGGUAAACAUCAUCUGUCGUGUUAUUGCACAUGCACGUACGAUCCACUCGAUCCAGGUCAACCAACCACAGAUGAGUCCGUUGAUGCUGAUGCAGGUCUGCAAGGUCAGGCCGCAGCACAACGCGUGGUUGGAUCAGAUCCUUUGAGGUACAUGUUGGCGAAGCCCAAUGACUUGCCAGCUUCUCAUCGACCCAGCCACCCGAAUCUCACAUGUGCAUUCCACUAAUGAGAGAAGCAGGAAAUUUGAAAAGAAGGGUCGCAAUGCCUGAAACCCAUCCAUUACAGUGCACAUAUGUGUGCCCAACAUUGGAUUGGAUGCUUGUCGCGACUAGGAUCUGACUUCCAUCUUGUCACCAGCUAUAACCUCCCACAAGAAAACUGUAGUUAGAUCUUCAACUUGCUUUCCCAACAAGACUGAUUGGUCCCGUAGAAGGAGAGGAUGGCUCAUGUGCUGCAAUGUGCUACUCCAAAGACACUUUUAAUCCACCUGGACCAUCUAUCAGAUGGUGGUACAGCACAGCUCAUGGGGCGGCGGUGGUUUUGUCGUUCGAUCUUUGUGACAUCACGCGGACUUGGUUGUUCCACUGGGGGCCAAUAUGGACAUACAUGUUGAGACAUGUGUGACAUUUCUCGUUACUUCGAGGGGCACACGAUAUGUCUCACCAGCACAACCUGAGUUCCUUUUACAAUCCUCCUUAGAAUGGAGAAUGGGGCCAAUUCCAUGAGGUGCAUAGUACAUACAUGCCUUUCCCUCCAGAAGGGUAAGGUAAGGCUAUCAGCUCCUUGAGACUGUGGUUGACGUCCCGUUCCCUUCCCGUUCCCCGCGUCUUGUCUUCCAGGUUCAUCUUGCUUAACAUCCGGCAAGUUUUGUGGGACUCGCUGUUACAUCUGGUUCACACGACGACCGCUAAUAAGCCAACACUUCUGAUGAUCACCAGGCUGUCCUCGCUUUGCACUAGUUCAAGGCAAUUGGGGGAGCGGGUAUGGAAAGGCCCGAGGGGGCUAGAUUGAGAAGAUACUGGCGACUUCAUAAUUACAAUGAAAGGCAAUGGCCGUACCAGCUACAAGGUCCAGUAGUCGCUUCGACGGCUUGCCUUGAGGUAUUUUCUACGACAUUUCCAGGCCGCCCGUCACUAAACAGUCACACACGAACACACGAGCACAUCCAACGACCGGGGUCUUGCUCUGGUAUGAUACAUGCAAGUGCAGACUCGACAAAAUCCACAAACGCCACAGGAUGCUGCAGAGUCCCUGCGCUUCCUGCAAGACGUUAGCUCUGUGCAUCAUCCUAGACCAAAGCUUGGCUCGAAUAGGUAUCGCCAAACCUUCACCGCCUCCAGCGCAUGUACCUACGCUGUGCUAUCCAGAUUUCGUUCAAAAAGCCCGCAUUUACAAUGCCGCCUGGUCCAUAUGAGCUGGGAUCGACGACGACAACAACGACGUGGCCGUCUUGGAUGUGGACGAUGAAUGUGGACAGUGGACCUGGACCGUUGAACUGAGUUGAUGGGGCUGCUUUCAUGCACCAUCUAUUAACGUAUCAGUUCAUAUCCAAGGAUGGAUGUCUCCGCACAAAAACCAGCGAAACAAGAAGAACUGUUUGCCCUCCUGCCUAACGCCUUUUAAGCGGUCAGACCUGAUAGUUGCCGCGAUUGUCAAGGGAGAAAAGCAAGAAGGGGUCGGCAAAUAUUUACGACUGAAGAAGAUAGGAAUUGGGAGCCGCAGCGCAGGCAAGAUAGAUAUUGGCUCCAUCGUUCUGAUUUUGCCCGAAUUGCCCAGACGAAAUCUCUACUUGGCUGGGAUGGGCGAUAAAAGCUGGCGUUAGCGACUUAGCCAUGAGCUGCUAUCUCAAACGGGACCACCCCAGCAUCAAUCGGUUACAGCUAGAGACGAUGCAAUGCUGUGCAUUCAAUAAUUGAUGCUACCAUGCAAGUCACCCAAGCCGAGAUAGGUAACACAGGGUCUCGGCCUAACCUAACCCGACCCAGGAGAUUGUCUUAGACUUGGCUUACUGUAAAGUUCUCACAGCCUAGACUGUCUAUCCGUAGACUACCUAGCAAUGUCCAGUGCCGGUGACAAUGCGAGUUUAUUCUUAGACCUAACCUGCAAGACGGGCCGCAAUUCCAUCAUUCUGUCACCCGUGCCAACACAGGAGUGUGAAACCCUCAUGCAAUUCAGCUACAUUCAGGCUUCUCGUAGAAACCCAAGGCACUAAGCUAAAACAUGAGCAUAGCAAGUUGACGCCUUCAAAUAACGCAGUCUCAAGGUGCCAAGCAAGUUCCUCAGUCCAAUACAUACUGCACAGUCGGCCAACUGCCGGAUCGGGCCGUGAGUAGCACUUGGUCUCGGGCUCGGAAUGAAGAAUUGAUGCCGGCCGUUGAUUGUCUGGACUGCAGCACAUGAUUUUUCUAGACCAAAAGAUUGUCAGGGCGAGAUCCAUUAUGGUUCGUUCGUCUCCAGCAAGUCAGCCGUCGUCCGUGCUUCGGGAAUUGGCUGCAACGCAACGCAGCAUCUAAUCCUGGGCCUCGUCCGUUCAGUUUAAGGAUAUUGCCAUGCCCAUCAGUUCGUCUAGGGUGCUCCUCUUCGGGGGAGGCUCUCUCGUUCUGGCAGGUGGCUGACGGAUCGCGGAAGAAAAGCAGCCGGACAAUCGCCUCAACAUGGGGAUAAGCUGGAGUUGACCUUGAAGAGCAAAGGUAACAAUUCCAAAUACCCAAGGUAGGCA